AUGGCUGCGCUGGGGGACGAGGUGCUGGACGCGUACAUGUACCCGGCGUGCGCCCCCUACUCGUGCCCGUACCCCUACCCGCCGGCCCCCAAGGGCAAGGGCGCUGCGGCCCGGGACGGCUGGCGGCCCCGAGGCGGGGGCUACCCUCCCGCCGCCGCCUCGUCGUCCUUCCCGGGCUACGGGCAGCUGACGGCCGCCGAGUACUUCGACAGCUACCAGCGGGCGCAGCUCAUGGCCCUGCUGUCGCAAGUGAGUCCUGGCCUCGGGCCGCGGCCCCGCAGGCCCAGCAGCCGCGACGUGGCCGUGCAGGUGAACCCGCGCCGCGACGCCUCGGUGCAGUGCUCGCUGGGGCGGCGCACGCUGCCGCGCAGGGCCCGCGACCCCGAGCCCCCGGCUUCCCCGCAGCGCGCCGGCUCCCCGCGGCCCGUGCGCUUCCCGCGCACCGUCGCCGUCUACUCGUCCGUGGUCUCCCGCCGCCUCGCCGCCUUGCUGGAGGGGACCGAGGCGGCGGACGGAGAGCGAGGGCGGCCGCCCGCCAGGCCGCAGGGCCCCGAGGACGGAGAGGCGACGGCGACGGAGGCGCCCCCGCCGCCUGGGGCUCCGGAGGAGGACGAGGCGCAGGCCGCGGUGCGCGCGAGCUGGGAGCAGCCCGCCGAGCGGCCCGGGCUGCCGCCGCGGGAGCCCCAGGGAGGCGAGGCGGCCCCCGGGAGGGCCCCGGACGCCGGGGACCCAGGCGAGACGGCGACCGCGCGCGAGAAGUUCGUGGAGCCGGGCAAGGAGCGCCUGCGCUUCCAGUUCCUAGAGCAGAAAUACGGCUAUUACCACUGCAAGGACUGUAACAUCCGCUGGGAGAGUGCCUAUGUGUGGUGUGUGCAGGGCACGAACAAGGUUUACUUCAAACAGUUUUGCAGAACUUGUCAGAAGUCUUACAACCCCUACCGCGUGGAGGACAUCACCUGCCAAAGUUGCAAACGUACGAGAUGUUCCUGCCCGGUGAAACUUCGCCACGUGGACCCUAAGCGGCCCCAUCGUCAGGACUUGUGUGGGCGAUGCAAAGGCAAGCGCCUAUCCUGUGACAGCACGUUCAGCUUCAAGUACAUCAUCUGA